AUGGACUGCGAACUCGCUCAGGCGGCGCCGCCUUGUGCGGUUGAGCUCGCCCGACCGCCGCAAAUUUGGCCGCCGCGGUCUUCAAAACGACAUCCACGCCCUCUGGAUCCCGUCCGCUGUGACCCCUCCGUCUGCGUUGCUGUCACCGACACGCGUGGGUUGAGCUCGCCCGGUGCCCGCAAAUUUGGUCACCGUGGUCCUCAAGGUAACAAGACUCCGGCCCAGUUUGCUCUCUGGUUUUCCCUCAAGCUGCAUGCUUUUCCUGUUCACGCCUUCAAAGUCAACAUCUUGGUUUACCUCUCCAGUGGUCACCUUGGUCAUCAACGCUUCAAGACGCCAGGACCUAUCGUUCUACAUGUUCAUCUCAAGAUUACCCGUCACUCUACUCCGCUCUACUUCUUCGUAUCCCUCCUAAUCCGGACCCGUCUUCUCGAUCCGUCUUGGCUUUUGCCUUCAUAUUCUCUAGUCUUGUUCCAUGACUGUUUUCCGAUUGUGAUGUAG